UGCCGCUAGCUGGGAGGGUGCCCGGAUGUAAGAGGCGCCCCCCCCCCGGACCACAUUUCCCGUCAGGCCCGGCGCGCGCGGACUACGGCUCCCGGCGUGCCCCUGGGCGCAGGUCCGGGGGAAUUCCCCAGGCUGCUCUUUCUUGAUGGCGGCGGUGCCCGGAGUCGCGCCUUGAAGAGGCUCCGAGGGUCGCGCCCCCCCUCCCCAAAACCGGUCGCUCUUCUUUGGGCCGCGCUUCUUCUCCCGCAUGGGCUUUCUGAGGGGCCUUCCGUGAGCAGCCAUGGCCUGCUUGCAAGGGUCUCCCUCCGGGGCGCCCGGCGGGCCGAAGGAGCCCAAGCGGGGGGAAGCGGGGUCGGGCGGCGGGGACGAGUGGUGUGACAGCGGCCUGGGCUCCCUCAGCGAGGCCCAGCUGGGCCAGCUCCAGGAGGAAGGGGGCCUGGCCUCUGUGGGCCGGGGCAGCCUGGAGGCCGGGGAGCCUGCCAUGGCCGUGACCUCUGACCCCAGGCCUUUGGGGCCGAGUGGCCCCCACAAGGCCCUGCAGGAGGAGGAGGAGGAAGAGGAGCUGGAGCGUGAUGAUUCGGCCCUGGGAGACUCCCUGGGGGGCGACGAGGACCUGGCCCCGCUCGUGGCCGGCGUGGGGGCCGUGCGCCUGGAGAAGGAGCCCGUGGCGGCGUCCGUGGCCCCCGAGGCUUGGCUGCGCCACGUGCUGGGCUUCGUGACCGAAGACGGGGACACAGCUCUCCACUUGGCUGUCAUCCAUGAACACGAGGCUUUCUUGGAUUCUAUCCUUCAGUAUACCCGAGGAACAGAUUACCUGGAUGUUCAGAACGACCUAGGACAGACAGCGCUCCACAUUGCUGUUAUCCUUGGCGCAUCCGAUUUUGUCGGCAAGUUAGUGUCGGCGGGAGCUGGCCUCUGCGUGCAGGAGAAGGGCGGUCACACGGCCCUGCACUUGGCGUGCCGAGAAGGGCAGCGAGAAUGUGCCCAGCAGCUCCUGAUGCCGGCCCUGGUGCCAAGGCCCUUUGAGGGGAGUGGCUUCAAGGCCCAGCUGGACUGCACCAACUAUGAUGGGUACACACCAUUACAUGUUGCCGUUUUGCGGAAAGACUUGGAGAUGGUCAGUCUCUUAAUCUCUGCGGGGUCUGACCUCAACAAACCGGAGCUGAGCUGUGGCCGGAGCCCCCUUCACCUGGCUGUGGAGUCGCAGAGCCCCGAGGCGGUUGAGUGCUUGCUGCGGGCUGGAGCCAACCCAGAAGCCCGCAUGUACAUUGGCUACACGCCCAUGUACAGCGCCGUGCACCGGCCCGACCGAAAAAUCCCUCAGCUUUUGCGAGAGUUUGGCUCAGAGGAGCCUGACUGGGACUCAGAGGAGAGCCUGGACAGCAACAGCGAGGAGGAGUAUGAUGAUAUUGUUCUCAACUGUGGACGCUAGGAGACCGGCCGAAAGGUUCCCUGGGCCUCAGUCCAUCCCGCGGGCAGACGGCUGUGAUUUCCGUAGCAAUGGGAUCUUCACUGUGAGCUCGACGUACUUAUUUAUAAGGGUCAUGCAGGAGCUGCUGUGUCCGGCAGAGAGCAUUUUCCCCGGGACCCCAUUCCAACUUCCCUGCCAUGGGUGGUUUGUUGUUCUGUCUGUUUCCAAAAUUCUGCUCAUAACUGUCUUUCUCUUCCCCAAUGUUUAAUUUUGGAUAUAAAGUACUGUAUGUAUAUUUGUAGAGAACGUAGCAGCUGCCUGUGGCUUCUGCAUUUCUGAUACGAGCAUCUUGUAGAUUCUAAGUCGCGUGCUCCCACCCCACCCCCUAAAUUCUUGUGUGCUUGAGAAGCUUAAUCCACACCUUACUUCGGUGCUGUCCCUGGUAGCCUUGGUGAAUUUAGACCUCGCCUUGUGGAUGACGUGAGCUGAGCUUUCUCCAUACGACUCCUUCCCAGAUGGCUUGAGGUUUUCUUAAACCUUGCUUCUAAGGCGACGCUCCUGCCCUUUUAAGCUCAACGGAAGUUUACGUUGAGGAUGGAUGGACUCAGAAGGAGGAAAAUGUGGCAGGUGCAGCACCUCUGGUGAAUUGAACAAGUUCUGAUAGGAGAGAGGAUUCACCCGGUGGGAAUCUCUGAAAUAGAACGACUCUGAUCCUACCAAGUCUACGUUUCCCUCUUAUCGCUAAGUAACCCGUCUCCACUUCCAGGCUUGGGAGUGAGGCCUCUCCCUCCCCCUUUUCAAGAAAUGCAUCUGGAAGUGAAACGCUGUGUCGAGAGAUGAAAAGGAACUCUGAACAGGGAAGAGGAGUGAGAGCCAAAGUCUGGUUCUAGCUGUGCAGAUGUUUUUUCUGGCUUUGUCCUGGUUCUGCUGUUUUUGCCCCCUCUCUUCUGCCUCUCCUGUGCAGUGUGUCCUCCUUGGAUUCCUGCCCGUUUCCCCCCACCCACCCCGUUUUAUCCUCUGAGGUCCCUCUCAUCCUCCAGAUGUGGUCGAACAGCUCCCAGCAUCUGCAUUGGACGAGGCAUGUCGGAACAACAGAACACAGUCUGUGCUAUCCUGUAGUAUAUUUGUCUCUUCCUUUCGAAUGGCCAGACAGGUGACCUUUGGGGAGGGGGCGGAAGUGUCCUUCACUGUGGCCUAGCAAUCCAUGGAUGGGCUCCCAGCCCCAUCUGUCUUGACCCAGGAGAGAUCAUGGAGUAGUAGGAUUGCCCCGUGAGAGUUUGGACAAAUGGUGGAGCGGAUCCUCUGGAGAAAGCUUUAUUUCGGAUUUCCGUAUGAAACCCUGGGCUCUUCUCUCUGAUUUGGGGGCAAGGGCUUCUGCUCCCGGCAGAGUCUAGAAAGGGGCUGUUUGGCCGCUCCUCUUGUUUUCUCCCGCCCGACCCACGGUCAAGGAAAAUGCCGGCGUCUUCCCGUCAGAGGGGAUGGCACGACUGCAGUGGGCGUCUUUCCCAUGAUCGAGCAGAGCCGGAAAGAUCUACUCCCGAGGAGACUGCUCUGUGAAGACGGGCCAUCGCUUUGAGAGGUCUCAUGCCUCCGGGGUGGACCCAGCGACUUCUCUAAAGCCAGGCCAAGCCGCGCGGAUGAAAUCCCCACCUCAUCCCAGGAUGGAAACAAGUCCACCCUACAGGACCCUCAUUUCAGCCAAAGAAGGCACCGGUCAGGUUCAAUCCAUCGCUCCCAUCCCAGUUCUUUAUUCCCUAUUGACCCAGAUUUGCAUCCCCAUCCAUGUCGCCUGUGGUUUUCUGCGGCUGAUCGGGCUCCCUGCCCUCUGAAAGGGGUAGCCAGGAGAAUGCUAAGCGGGAAGACGAACAAGGAAGCCACGAGGGGUGCUGAUUAAACAUGGGCCAGUGUCAAAUCUGGGAACAGCCGUGGCUUUGGAUUGUGUUGAGCAGUUGAGCUGGGGUUGGGGGUGCCAGGGUCUGGGUUCGAGGGGGGGGCGACGUAUUCCGCAGCCUUCCCACAGUCAGGGUUGGGUGGGACAUGGGGGGAGUUGCCGUGAAAAUGUUUCUGGAAGAUGCCGAGGUUGGUUCUGGAAGCGGCGACACGAUCAUGGCAGGGAUUGUGCGACCCGUGUUUGAUAAGAUGGCUUUUGAAGCUGCCGAGAAUCCCCUAUAGCCUGUGAUCGAUGACAUGCUGCCACAUUUUAAAAAAAUAUUCCCAGCCGUUGUCUUUUCAGCAAAGGAGAUUCUCACAGAGCACACACAGAUGGUGAAUCUCUCCUUGCUCUGUCUUGAAGAGUUUGUUCUCCAGUGCUUGGAUGUUUUGAAGCUACAGUGUGUGUGUGUUUUCUCCCUAAGACCUGUUAUUUUAUCCCAUGUUGUGACUCGGUUCUGUCUCUCUGCCUCUUUAUGUUUAUUGUAUUAUGUAGGUCUCGCUGAAAUGGAUCAGACUAAAAGCUGUGGAUUUCUGUGUGCCUCUGUAUCGUUGUCGUUAUUAUUACAAUUUUAAAAUUGC